AGUUGUUGUCAGUUGUCGUCAGGGACGCCCGCAGUCUCUACACGCCGGACCUCUGCCUCUUCUGGCUAUGAUAUAGCAGAAUAACAAUUGCGGACACCCGCGAACUAAAUCCACAGGGCCCGCAUCGUUCUCCUGUGGCGAAUCCGCAUCUGGCACAGGCUGAGGCAACAUGGCCGACUUCUCUACGUAUCACUCCCUUGGCCAGGGCGAGGAUCAGCCUGCGCCGCCGCAAUUCAACCCGCCGGUUGCUCCAGGGCCCCCGGGUUACCAACAAAUCCAACAAAGUACGUCUCCCGCGGGGCCCAUGGGCUCUCCCGGAUAUCCUCCGGGAUCGCAUGGGCCAACAACUCCCGGCCCGGAUGCAAUGGGAGAAUUGUCAUCUCAAAUGGGCGGCUUAGGGAUCAGUGGAGCUAUGAGCGGAAGCGUUCGUGCUCACAAGAAGAAAGAUCGGCAUGCUUAUCACGAUUUCGGUGGCCCGUCUCCUACUUCACAAGCCUUCAAUGGAAUGCCACAAGGCGGAAUGCAGAGCCAAUCGCAGUUCCUUAGUACGGGGAUGAAUCAACCACCUCCACCAAGCUCUCCAUAUUCUCAUCCAGCUUCUCCAGGCUUACAACAGCCCUCACAAGCUGGACGGCCUUCUUUUGGUGGAAGCAUGAAACCCUCAUUUUCUGCUGCUGGCGAUGGUUCCGUACAUACUCAGGGGAAGGUUGACCCUGAGCAAGUUCCAGGCGUUCCAAUUGCGCGUGAUAUUGCUGCACAAUAUUAUCUCAACCACGUAUAUCCCACGAUGGAGCGUCACAUCCCCCCUCCAGCAGCUGUCCCUUUUGUAGCACACGACCAAGGCAAUUCCUCUCCAAAGUUCGCUCGGCUUACGCUUAAUAAUAUCCCAUCUACCCUCGAAUUCCUGUCGUCCACUGCCCUUCCUCUUGGUAUGGUUAUCCAACCUCUUGCUCCAUUAGACUCUGGCGAACAACCUAUCCCUGUCUUAGAUUUUGGCGACGCUGGCCCUCCAAGAUGCCGAAGGUGCAGAGCAUAUAUAAAUCCUUUUAUGAUGUUCAGAUCGGGAGGUAAUAAAUUUGUAUGCAACAUGUGCGCCUUUCCAAACGAAGUUCCACCUGAAUACUUUUCGCCCCUGGAUCCAUCAGGGGUCAGGGUCGAUCGCAUGCAACGCCCUGAGUUGAUGCUGGGAACGGUUGAGUAUAUGGUUCCCAAAGAAUAUUGGGGCAAAGUUCCUGUAGGGCUACGCUGGCUAUUCCUGAUCGACGUCUCACAAGAAUCAGUAACUCGAGGGUUUUUAGAAGCAUGCUGUGGGGGAAUAAUGGCAGCCCUGUAUGGGUGCGAGAGCGACGAACAAGCAGCGGAGGACGAAAAUACACCGACAAAGAAACUUCCUGAAGGGUCCAAAGUCGGAAUAAUCACUUUUGAUAAAGAAGUACAAUUUUAUAAUCUUUGCUCCCGCCUCGAACAAGCCCAGAUGAUUGUCAUGACCGAUCUUGAUGAUCCUUUCGUUCCUCUGAGUGAAGGGCUAUUUGUUGACCCUUAUGAAUCAAAACAUGUCAUCUCAUCACUAUUAACACAAAUACCGACAUUAUUUUCGCAUAUUAAAAAUCCGGAGCCAGCACUAUUACCUGCAAUAAACGCCGCCCUGUCUGCUUUGGAACAAACCGGUGGCAAAAUGAUUUGCGCGCUAGCAAGCUUACCAACUUGGGGACCAGGCCGACUGUUCAUGAGAGAUGAUGGAAAGGGAUCGGGCACUGAUGCCGAAAAGAAGCUUUUUACCACUGAUCACCCUGGUUGGAAAAAGACCGCAAAUAAGCUAUCUGAGAGUGGAGUCGGAAUUGACUUCUUCCUGGCGUCAUGUGGUGGUGCCUAUAUGGACAUAGCUACGAUCGGCCAUGUUGCUGCAGUUUCCGGCGGGGAGACCUUCCUAUACCCUAACUUCCAUGCUCCUCGCGAUGUCUUGAAGCUAUCAAAUGAACUUUCUCAUGCUGUAAACAGGGAAACGGGUUACCAGGCUUUGCUAAAAGUCCGAUGCUCCAAUGGACUUCAAGUCUCAUCCUAUCAUGGUAACUUCGUGCAGCACACUUUCGGUUCAGACUUGCAAUUAGGCAGUAUUGAUGCAGACAAGGCCUUUGGUGUUGUCUUCACGUAUGACGGAAAGCUUGAUACGAAACUAGAUGCUCAUUUCCAAGCUGCAUUGUUGUACACUACAGCUAGCGGCCAGCGACGAGUAAGAUGCAUCAAUAUUGUUGCGGCUGUCAAUGAGGGCGGGAUGGAGACGAUGAAGGCAAUUGAUCAGGACGCUGUGGUUAAUAUAGUGACCAAAGAAGCUGCCUCUAAAGUGCCUGAUAAGUCACUUAAAGAUAUCCGAGCUGGGUUAACUGAAAGGACGAUCGAUAUCCUUGCGGGCUACCGAAAGAAUUUCUCGUUGUCCCAUCCUCCUGGGCAGCUUGUCCUGCCAGAGAAUAUGAAGGAGUUUUCUAUGUAUAUACUGAGUUUGGUGAAAUGCCGCGCUUUCAAGGCCGGCCCCGAGACUUCCGAUCGUCGAGUCCAUGAUAUGCGGAUGCUUCGCUCUUUCGGCUGCAAUGAACUUUCGCUUUAUCUAUACCCUCGUAUUAUUCCGAUUCAUAACCUUAGCCCAGAAGACGGCUUCGCCAACGAGCAAGGGAAACUCCAAGUUCCUCCAGCACUCCGAGCAUCCUUCUCCCGUAUUGAAGAGGGUGGUGCCUACCUCGUGGAUAAUGGCCAAAUUUGUUUACUUUGGAUUCAUGCCCAAGUUUCACCAAAUCUUCUCGAAGACCUAUUUGGCCCCGGUAAAACAACGCUACAGUCUCUCGAUCCCAACACUUCGUCCAUUCCUCUGCUGGAAACUCAUUUGAAUGCCCAAGUGCGGAAUAUUAUUCAAUACCUCUCCACCAUUCGCGGCUCCAAGUCGGUAACAAUACAGCUUGCACGGCAAGGGAUAGAUGGCUCUGAAUACGAGUUUGCCAGGCUUCUUCUAGAAGACAGAAACAACGACGCCCAAAGUUACGUUGACUGGCUAGUGCAUAUUCACCGGCAGAUCCAACUUGAGCUUGGAGGUCAUCGCAAAAGGGAGGAAGGCGGUUCGGCAGUCUCCGGGGUGGAAAGUACGUUGUCUGGAUUAAGCGGGUUACGGCCGCCAUACUGGUGAUUUGGGCGGAGUUUAUUUAGCAUAGCACGUUUAUGAAUUUAUAAGAGUUUCGCGAUUGCAAAGGCAUUCAUUAUUGUUACCAUUAUUGAUCCAUAUCCGAUAUAUGCCAAGCAUGAUGUAAAGAGUAUUUCAGUCUGCUACAGACACAGAACAUACCAGAUCUUGUCUAUGGCGCAAUGCAAGGUUUGAAUGGCUGGUUCAGAGGGGGAGUCGCAAAAUCUGAUUCCAGGUACCCACAAGAAUCGUCGAGCCUUUACUCUAGCGCCGCACACUCGAAAAAGCACAUUAGCAACGUAUGCAAUCUCGUCCGAGUAUAAAAGCUCUUAAUCAUAUUUAUACAAGUGUUAAGUUUUGCGAUAUCACACCCACACUACUCCGUAAAUACUAUAUGUAUUAUGUUAUAGGUACAUGUACUUUCAACUAAGGAAUAAAGGAUGAGGGACAUGUCUCAACUGCGAGUACAACGGUUUAUAUAGUUGUUAAAUUAUACCUUAAAACUUUUGUACAGUACUUCGUACAAGGUUUAUUGGCAUUGGUCAAAAACUUAAGGGAGAUUAAAAUAUCAUGUCACAUUUGAGUGUUGGGUCUUCAUUUCUCUCUCUUGCUCCCUCUCUCUUCAAUCAACUAUGUCCGGCCUCGUUCGGAUGUGAUAUCUAAUUCCACAACGUUGGAUACGAAAUUCCUGUACCGCUUACACUUAAUAUUCACAUUCCAUACAUAUUUUCCCACACUUGUGGGCCGGAGCAAAUGUUCAGCUCAUCUUCACAGCUCGCGCUUCGCAUGAUAUACCAACGGACUCUGUUCAUCCAACAGUGCACAGGGCAGCAUUCGCAAACACUACUACCUCAAGUUUGUGAACUGGUUGAGAAGAAGUGGCACGCUCACUCGAGGAAGCGGGAAGUCAAGGCCAGCCUCAAAUUUCUCUUCCCGGCCUUUAUUGAAUCUCCCACUAAAACUGCUCCUCAAGAUCAAUGCUCCCCUCGCUCUCACAUGCUAGGUCAAUUUCUGAAGAACUGUGAUAACUUCAGUACAGAGAUGGGGAUCAUUUUACCUCUUAGAGAAUGAGAAAUGGCACUGCUAAUCUACCCAUCUCAAAUUUCUCCCAACUAAGCGGCCCUCUCAAUAGAGGUG